CUCUUCUUCACCACUUCACACGCUUUCUUCUUCACCCUCUUAGUUCUUUUUUGGUUUUUUGUCAUUGUUCACAGAAUUAAACAAAGAAACAGAAAAAAAAGCAGAGAGAGAGAGAGAGAGAUAAAGAAAUCAGAUUCAUACAUGGCUUCAGAAAUCACUGUUGAUUGGAGAGGAAGACCCUCAGAUCCUAACAAGCAUGGUGGCUUUAGAGCUGCUAGUUUCGUUCUUGGGCUCCAAGCAUGUGAGAUAAUGUCGAUCGCGGCAGUGGGGAACAACCUGAUCACAUAUGUGAUAAACGAGAUGCACUUACCUCUAUCAAAGUCGGCAAAUGUAGUGACAAACUUUAUUGGAACUGUCUUUCUCUUAGCCCUCCUUGGUGGCUUCCUUUCUGAUUCUUAUCUUGGGAGUUUCUGGACCAUGCUCAUCUUUGGCUUUGUUGAACUUUCUGGCUAUAUAUUACUCUCAGUGCAAGCUCAUCUACCACAGUUAAAGCCACCAAAAUGUAACAUAAUGGAAGGAGAAGAAUGCAUAGAAGCAAAAGGAUUCAAGGCGUUCAUUUUCUACCUUGCAAUCUAUUUGGUAGCAUUGGGAAGUGGGUGUGUUAAGCCCAACAUGGUUGCUUUUGGUGGUGACCAGUUUCACCCAGAUAACCCAAAGCAAUACAAGAGGUUCUCAACCUACUUCAAUGCAGCUUAUUUUGCAUUCUCAAUGGGUGAACUCAUUGCUCUCACACUUAUUGUUUGGAUCCAAACACACUCAGGAAUGGAUGUUGGGUUUGGACUCUCUGCUGCUGCAAUGGCAGUGGGUUUGCUCGGUUUGAUCUCUGGCACUUUUUUCUACAGGAAUAAACGCCCCCAAGGAAGCAUUUUCACUCCAAUUGCCAAAGUUUUUGUGGCUGCUAUAUCUAAGAGAAAGCUGGCUUUUCCAUCUAACCCUCAAAUGCUUCAUGGAAGCCAGAUUAACAUGCCAAGUGAUCCAAAUAUUGAAUCAGGAUAUCAUCUUGUUCACACUGAAAAGUUCAGAUUUUUGGACAAAGCUUGCAUCAAAAUUCAAGAUGGAAAAGAUGAAGGUCCAUGGAGAUUAUGCACCAUUACACAAGUAGAGCAAGUGAAAAUUCUCUUAUCAGUGAUUCCCAUUUUUGCUUGCACCAUCAUUUUCAACACCAUUUUAGCUCAACUCCAAACUUUCUCAGUCCAACAAGGAGCUGCAAUGGAUAACCGCCUCACAAAUUCUUUCCAUGUACCUCCAGCUUCCCUCCAAUCAAUCCCAUACAUGAUGCUCAUCUUCGUUGUCCCUCUCUAUGACACGUUCUUUGUCCCUUUGGCAAGGAAAUUCACUGGCCAUGUCUCUGGAAUCUCUCCCCUAAGUAGGAUAGGUUCGGGACUCUUUAUCGCGAUCUUUUCUAUGGUUGCAGCUGCUAUAAUGGAGAAGAAGAGAAGGGAUGCAUAUGUACAUGAUAACAAAACAAUAUCCAUCUUUUGGAUCACUCCUCAAUUCUUGAUCUUUGGAUUAUCAGAGAUGCUCACUGCUGUUGGCCUAAUUGAGUUCUUUUACAAGCAACCUUUGAAAGGAAUGCAAUCAUUUUUGACUGCCAUUACCUAUUUUUCAUACUCUUUUGGAUUCUACUUGAGCAGCUUGCUUGUUUCUUUUGUGAAUAAGAUUACCUCCUCAGGGUCCUCCAAUGGUGGUUGGCUAAGUAACAACAAUCUCAACAAAGAUAGGCUAGAUCUAUUCUAUUGGAUGCUUGCUGCUUUAGGGUUGCUCAACUUCUUCAACUAUAUUUAUUGGUCUAAAUGGUUCUCAUUCAACCCUGCUUUCAUUUCAGAUGGAGAAGCACAGGAUGAGAAUAUCAAUCCCAAGCAAGAUAAACUCAAUAGCUUCAACUCUUCAAAGCACAUUGAAGAUGAAAAUAUACCUUGAGUGGCAAUAUUUUUAUUUCUAUAUGUAUGCAUGUAGUUAGUGCUAUAUAUAUAUAUAUAUAGAGAGAGAGAGAGAAUAUGUAUGUAGGGUCUUGUAAUGUAAGUAAAAGAAAUCAUACAAGGAAGGAUAAGGCUCUCUUGAGAGGUUGAUAGUUUUUCAUAUAAUUAUUAUAUGUAUAGAAAGAUAAUUGCCAUUGGAACCUUGUAGUAGCUAGCAAACUCAUCUUCCAAUAUGUAUUAUAAGAAUCUUAUUGAACUUUUA